AUGUUAUAUUCGAAGAGUAAUUUGAAUGUAGGUAACAUUCCAAAUAGGCAAGAUAAAAUGAAUGGAUCUUAUAUGUACAUAAAAAAAAUAAACAGUGAUACAAUAAUAAAAAAUAUAAAAAAAAAUUAUAAUUUGAACUUAUUUGUAAAUUCACAGGGAAAAGCAUCAUUAAAUAAUAAUAUUGUUAAUAUUCGUAAUGCUGAGCUAGGGAAAUAUGUUUAUAAGAAUGGAUUAUAUAUUAAUAAUCCUGUUGAAUUAAAUAAAGACAUAAUAAAAGUUGUACAUAAAAAUAAAUAUAUUCAUAGUAUAUCAAAUAAUGAGGAGUCUUCUAUAUGUAAAACAAAGUCUACUAAUUUUGAAUGUGUUAAUAAAUGUGCACAUUAUAUAAAUAAGGAUAUGAAAUAUAUAAAUGAUAAAAACAUAUCAUGUUUAAAAAAUAAUGAAAAUAAUAUAGUUAAUAAUUUAUCAUAUUUAAAUAAGAAUAUAUAUAACAAAAUAUAUAAUAAUAAUAAUAAUAAUAAUAAUGAUAAACUUAAUUACAAUAAUUCAACUAGCAAUAUUGGUAGGAGUACACAAAAAAAUAUUGCGCAAUAUAAUAUGCAUCCAUUUGUUAAAUAUGAGUUAAUAUGGGAUGUAAAAAAUGAUAUUGCUAGAAAUAAAAAUUAUUUCGUAAUAAGGAAAAAAUCUGAGAAUGAUAAUCAAAAUAUAGAAAAUAAGGAGGAAGAUAAAAAAAGAAAAAUAAAAAAUAAUAUAAUCAAAAGUUAUUAUAAAAAAUUGAACAUUAAAGAAAAUAAUAAAAAUACAAAUAAACAAACAAAUGAUAUAUACACAAUUGGACAGGGAAAAUAUAUUCCAAUAAAUAAUAAACCUAUUUAUAAUUUAUCAUUAAAUAAUAAUUACAUUUCUUAUGAUAACAAAGAAUGUUUAUUUCAUAAUAGCACCUUUUUCUUAAAUACUCAAAUGACCAUGAAUAAUAAUUACAAAGAUAUAAAAUUUAAUAAUAUUGAUAAAAAAAAAAAUUUGCUUUUUCAGUCUUCAGAAAAGAACAAUACCUCAAAUAAAACUGUUACACACAAAAGUAAUUUAUUAAAUAAAAAUGUUACACAAAAGGGUAAUUUAUUAAAUAAUAUAAAUAAAAAUAAUACAUAUAAUGCAAACAAUACAUAUAAUGCAAAUAAUACAAAUAAUGGAAAAGUAAGUCAUAAACUCUCAGCUGAUCAUAUGUCAAAAGAAAACCUUAACAAUUUUAAUAAAAAGACAGAAGAAAAAAAAGAAAAAAAAGAAGAAGAAGAAGAAAUAAAAAACAAAAAGAAAACUAUUAAAAAUUCAUGUCAAAAUAUUCAAAAUAAUAAGGAUAAAAUGAUAAGUCAAAAUGAAAAGAGCAAUAUAUCCAACUUAAGUAAAAUAAAUCAUGUCCUUGUUUUGAAAAAUGUGAACAAAAAGGAAACAAAUAAAAAUAACAAUCAAGUAAUAAGUGAUAAUAUACAAAAUGAUAAUAAUAUAAUAAAUGUACCGAGUGAGGAAAAUAUUACUAAAGAUGAAUGCUCAAAGGAAAGUAAUAAAUCAAAUGACGAAUGUAUACAAGAAAGUAAUAAAUCAAAUGAUGAAUUCUCAAAAGAAAGUAAAGAUAUAAAUGACGAAUGUACACAAGAAAGUAAAGAUAUAAAUGAUGAAUGCUCAAAAGAAAGUAAAGAUAUAAAUGACGAAUGUACACAAGAAUGUAACAAAUUAAAUGAAAAAUGUACACAAGAAUGUAACAAAUUAAAUGAAAAAUGUACACAGGAAUGUAACAAAUUAAAUGAAAAAUGUACACAAGAAUGUAACAAAUUAAAUGAAAAAUGUAAGGAUGAAAGCAAUUCUUUAAAAAGUGCUUCCAAUCAAGAAGGUGAUAUAGUAAAGGAUAUUUGUAAAAUAGAAAGUCAUGUAAUAUCUGAAGUAUGUAAAAAGGAAAGCGAAAUUAUAAAAGAAAUAUCCAUAACACAAAGAAAUAUAAUCAAAGAAAUACAUAAUUGUAAUAAUGUUAUAUCGAAAAAAACAAAUAAUAAUAAUAAUAAUAAAGACAUGAAUAUGUUGAAAGAUAUUAAAAAAAAAAAAGAUACAUAUAUUAAGGAAAGCAAAGAAAAAAAUAAUAAUAUUUAUAAUAUAUCUAAAAAAAACAAAAAGAAUGAUUAUAAUAAUAAUAAUAUUAAUUAUGUUCCUCAGGAAAAAUUACAAAUUAUUAAUAAUCAAACCAAGAUAAAUAAAGGUAUAAUAAAUGAUAAUAAAAUAUAUAAGAAAAGUAAUAAAAUAGAUUAUAUGUCACCGGAAUAUAUUAGUCAAGUCAUUAAAGAUUAUCAUAAUGAAGAAAGAAAACAAAAAAAAAAUAUAUAUUACGAAAAUGUAAAAGAUGUAAAAGGUACUACUUUAUGUGAUAAAAAGAAGAAUUCCGGUUUGUUGAAUAAAAAUGAAAAAAGAAACAUGUUUCAUAUACAUACAAAGGACUUUUAUAAGUAUUGUAAAAAAAAAGAAAGUUAUAUUUCUUGUACAUAUGAACAUAAAGCCAUAAAUGGAGAUUCUAAUUUAAAAAAAAUAAAAAGAGAAGACCAUAAAAAUAAAGAAAAUAUAGAAAGGGAUAUGGAAAUGUCACAAAUUGUAAACAUUGUUGCUGAAGAUAAAUUAGACAAAUGUCAUUUGUCAGAAUUAAUAAAGAUAAUGAAAAAACUAGAAAAGGUUCAUAUGAAAAAAAUGAAUAUAGAUAAUUUAAUAUUAGAAGGGAAUUGUUUGCAAGAUUUUAUAAAAAGUGUAGAAGGAAAAAAUAAAGUAAAACAUAAAGAUAAAGUAAAAAAUAAAGGUGAAGAUAAAGUAAAAAAUAAAGGUGAGGAUAACAUAAAAAAUAAAGGUGAAGAUAACGUAAAAUAUAAAGGUGAAGAUAACGUAAAAAAUAAAGGUGAAGAUAACGUAAAAAAUAAAUGUGAAGAUAACGUAAAAAAUAAAUGUGAAGAUAACGUAAAAUAUAAGGACACAGGUGAGAAUAAGGUAAAAGAUAAAGGAAAAGCAAACGUUAUAUCCCUUUCUAGUAAUAAUUAUAAUGUAGAUAAUAGGAAUAGAAAAAAAUACAGUGAAAUAAUAUAUAAUAAAAAAACGAAUUACACUAAAAAUAAAAAGAAUAUUAAUAAUAAGUGUCAUGUGAAUGAUGAGAAUAACAAUGUUUUAUAUAAUGUAGAUGAAAAUAUGAUGUUAUCAAAAAAAAAAGAAAAUUUGAUUGAACUUAAUAAAAGUAAUAGUAACAAGGUUAACAUUAUAAAUAAUAUAAAAAAUUAUAUAGAUGUGUUAAAUUUAACUGUUGACGAAUUAAUACAUUUAAAAAAUGUAAAAGACAUAUUUUGGUAUCUAUAUAUAAAAUCUAAGUUUGUUAAAAAACAAAAUAUGAAAGAAUUUUGUGAGGUAAUUAAGGAUAAGAUGGAUGAUAAGAUACAUAAGAAUUAUUUUAUGGAAUAUGUAGAUUAUGAGAGUUUUAAAAAAUUUAAUAAAAAUAAUUUUGAUACAUUUGAAGAGAAGAUAUAUUUAUUAGAAAAUUUAUUUUAUUUAUUAAAAUCAUAUCCAUUAGAUUAUGAUGAAAAUAGAGGAUGUUUUUAUAUGUUAUAUCCACAAAAAAAUAAAAUGUUUAAAAAUUCAGAAUAUGAUAUAAUAAAAAAUAAACUUCAUCAUUUAAAAAUAAGUAAGGAUAUAACUGAACAUUUUAAAAAUAAUUUUUUCUUUUUAGAUAAGAUAUUUAUACCUAAGGAUGCCUUUUUUUUUGUUAAAGAUUCUGAAGAUAUUGGUUUGAGGGAUAAAGAUAAUAAUAUUAUUUAUAUACAUCAAGCAUUGGUAAGUGAUCUGAAGGAAGAUGUAAAUGAUAAGAGUAUAUUUGAUAACUUAUAUUCUUGUAGUCCUCCAUAUAAGUCUGAUUAUUUUAGAUACAUACAAAAGAAGAAGAUACAAAAUAAAAUUAGGAAAUUUAAAGAAUAUAUAUUAUAUUAUUAUGAAUUCCAUUCUGUACAAGAUUUCUUUGAUUUAUUAAUAUUAUUUGAUGAAGAAUAUAAAAAUUUAGAAAUGUUAAAUAGUUGUACCGACAUUCCUUAUAAUUUAACCAAAAGGUUGUAUUCUGAAUAUUGUCAUAAAGUAAUGAAAAUAAUUACAAAAAAUGAGGAACCGUUCAAAAAUAUUAUUGAUAAUUUCAAUAACAUACCUAUAAAGAAUAAUAUGAAUAAAUAUAAUGUUUUUAAUAAUCAUGAGGAAAAUUGUAUGUAUGUAUCUAACAAGUGGUGUAACAAAGAAAAUGAUAAUAUAAAAAGAAUACAUAAGGAUGCAAAUUUUAAUAUUACAAAAAGGUAUAUUUCUUUAGAAAAUUUAGAAAACAAUUAUAACCAAAAAAGUAAUAUAAAUGAGAAAAAUGAUAAGGUAGAUAUUCAUAAGAAUUUAUUUUGUUCAAAAACAAAGGAUAGUAAUAUAUGGUCCAAUAAGUUUGUAUUUAAUAAAAAGGAAUGUAAUGUAAAUAAGUAUAUGUUAUAUGAAAAAUGUAAUCCAUUAAAAAAAUAUAAUAAGAAGAAAAAUAAUAGUUGUACUAUAGACAAUAGUUAUGGUAUAGAUAAUAAUUAUGGUAUAGAUAAUAAUUAUAAUAUAGAUAAUAAUUACAAUAUAGAUAAUAAUUACAAUAUAGAUAAUAAUUACAAUAUAGAUAAUAGUCAUUGUGUGGAUUCCCAUUUUUGUGCUGAAGAUUCAAAAUACGAAAUCGAUGAAAUGUCAAAUAUAUAUUUAUCAUUUUUUUAUUCAAAUGAUAAUAAAAGAAAAAUGAAAGAAAUAACUUUAGAUACAUUUAAAAUGUUUGUAGAAAAUUUGGGGAAAAUUAAAGGUCUUGGGAAAUUUACAUGUAUUGAUGAAUGCUUUUUAGGUAUGACAUUUUGUGAUCCAGAUAUACCUAAACAUUUAUGUAAUCAGAAAAAGGUGUUACCAAAAAAUAUUAAUUAUAAUGGUUUCAUGUAUUGUAUGCGAUAUAUACCAUAUGUUAUACCAGAUUUCCCUUUAUCAACUAGCCAUUUUGAGAUAUCUUAUAAUAAUGUAGAGAUAUUUAAUUCACGAAAUUCAUUUUUACAUAUAUUAAAAUAUCGAGGAAAUAGAAAUGAUAUAAUUUUAUUAAGAAAUAAAAUUGUUUUGGAUAUUAUCGAGAUAUUUGUAUAUAUACCAUGGAAUUUUGGUGUAGACACAGGAAUGUAUACUCCAUUGGUUCCUAUGCUUCCAGAGGGCAAACGGACUGUUGACAUGUGUAAGUCUUCUUAUUAUAAAAAUUAUAAAUAUUAUUUAAAAAGAAAUACGAAAUAUACUAAUAUCAAAAGUUUUAACAUGUCAUCAGAUAAUUUUUCGGAUUCAAAUUCUACAUCUACAUCCAAAAAUGAAUCGAAUAAUUAUGUGAGUACAAUGUGUAGUAAGGAAUAUAACAAAAGAUAUAUGAUUGGGCAUGUGGAAGAAGAAAAAGUAGGUAAGAUAAAAGAAAGGGAUCUAUUACAUUUAAAUGAUAAUAUAAAUACUAUGGAUGAUAAUAGUUUGAAUAGUUCUUCUUAUAAUAAUAUAUUUUUUGAAGAGACAUUUUUAAAAAUGAGAAAAAAAUUAUCUUAUAAAUGGAUACCUAAAUGGCAUAUGUGUAAUGAUAUAUUUUUAUCAAGAUUAAUAUCUUAUGAUGAAAUACAGAUAUGUUUACAAAAAAUAUUUCCUUUAUAUUUAAUACAAACAGCUUUAAUUUAUAUGGUUCAUAUAUCAUGUUGUUUCUUAACUAAUGAAGAAUGGAAAUAUUUCUUCGAAUCUCCUUUUACUCUUUAUAAAAAAUUAACACCAGAAGAGAUAGCUAUACGAUAUAUAAAAUUAAAGGGAUAUAAAUUUAAUAAAGUAAAUAAUAUUCAAAUAAAUAAAAAUAUUGAUAUUCAUCAAAUAUUUAUGAGCAUACCAGAAAAUAUGCAAUGUCCUGAAAUUUAUAAACUAGCUAUAAAUGGAGAAAAUACAAGUAGUGGCUAUUUAGCUGAACCAUUCGAUAUUUAUCAUUUAAUGUUUAUUUGUAAAGUUUUCUGGUAUAUAUUUUUAUAUGCAGAUAACUUUGUUAUACUUCGAUCAACCUUAUUUAAAAACAAACCAACAAAAAAAUAA